GGUUGACGUGCUCACAUUGCCGUGCUUGUGGCUGGCGCAAGCAUGAACAUCGUGGCCGACGCGGUGUUUCGCCCCGAGCGCGAUCGCGCGGACCCUGCUUCGACCGCGCACUGCACAAAAGCUCGUGCAUCGACACCGCUCCGCCUGGAUGUUGCCAAUCAGGUCGACCUGGACGCGCUUCGAGCUGCAAUUCUUGGAGGUGUCGACCCAUUGGAUCGACCGAUAGUGUGGCGCGUGCUGCUGCAUGUCGUGGGGCCGCAUCCGUCCGAGUGGGCGACCGAGCUGUACACCAACCGCACAAGCUAUGCGCAUCUCGUUCGCGAGCUCAGUCCGUUUUACGACACGAACUUGGACGACAACUUGAACGUCAUCACCCGCCAGCGCAACUUGGCCAAGGCGGACGAAACCCUUCUCCACGAGAUUGAAAAGGACGUGGCACGCACCCAGGUCGACCUGCCGUUCUUCUCGGUCCAUGGGAUGGCCCGCGACUGGAUGGUGCGCAUUCUCUACCUGUUUGCAAAGACCCACGCAGAGAUUGGGUACUGCCAAGGCAUGCACGAAGUGUUGGCCCCCGUUCUGUUUGUGUUUGGCACGGACAAGGACGCAUUGUGGUCGCUUCACGCCGAAGCGGACUCAUUUGCCGGGUUUGAGACCCUCAUGCAGCUCCUGGCGCCGUUGCACCUCGCAUCCAAGCAACAGCCCCCUCGAACAGGGGCCCAAGUUCAAAUGGCACGACUGCAUACCUUGCUCCGGCAGCACGACGCGAGCCUGUGGCUCCACCUGAACUCGCUCGGCGUCCUCCCCGACUACUACAGCUUUCGGUGGUACAUCACGCUUUUGUCGCAUGAGUUCGAGAUGGACGAGACGCUGCGGCUGUGGGAUGCACUACUGGCCGACUCGAAGCGAUUUGCAUUGCUUCAUUAUGUGUGUGUGGCGCUGAUUCUGUCCCACCGACGUGCGCUGAUCGACCGCCACGCCGACUUUGGCACGUGCCUGACGGCCUUGCAGUCGAAACCCACCACCAACGUGCAAGCCCUUCUCGACAAAGCAUUCCAGCUGCGGGACGUCGACCGUGCCACCGAUCUCACUCGCACCCGACCCCCCGGCGCCAGGGGCCCGCAAACCACUCAGCACGGAUGAGCACACACGUGUGCACAACACGUUCCUUUGUCACAA